UUGUGACCUGAGUGUUGUCGAGAAUACUGCAGUGUGUCAGUGGCUAACCAGUAGAGGCGGACUAUAGGGGAGGGUCUGCCCGAGAGGAAUGGUGUUGAUUAGGGUUCCCGAAGAGCACUCUGAUCGUAUUACACAGAAGGGGGAGCCUUGUCUAUAAUGGCACAUUGGAGGCGCACAACCAGGGACGGAUGAACUGCCACACUCUGGAUUUUCCCAGCUCGUCACGACUAGCUGGCGCUGCUUCGGGGAGAAAUAUUAAUAAAAAACGAAUCCCUGAGGAGGCGAAGGCGGGAUAAAAUGUUUGUGGACGGAUCUGCGGGAAAACCCCGAGUCGCCGUGCACUGAGAAGAAAGUGGUUUCUGUUGGGCUGUCUCAGUGUGUCUGGCAGUGGCCGGAACUUCGGGCGCGAGUCGCCGGGGGGAAACGUUAUUGUGCCGUUUGGGUAAAGACUGGAGGCACGACUGACAAUAAGGACUGAUCGCAACGCCGCUUGGGAGGAACUCGAGUGGGAGCUGCCAGAAAAGGUUCCAGCAGCAGCAGUAGCAACAGCAGCAGCGGUGGCUCCAGCUCCACCAUUACGGCGCAGAUCGGAUUUCUCCUCAGAUACUCAGACUAACAGACAUGGCUCUGUCAGCAGGGGGACCCUCCGCUUAUCCCUCCGACGAAAACGCACAUUUUCGGGUGUGCUGUGUGUAUAAAUAGGGGCUCGCCAUAAUUUUUAGCUUUUUUCCCCCGCCGGGGACAAAAGAAAGCGUGUUUUCCCCUCCCUCCUCCUCCUCCUCCUCCUCCUCCCCCGGUGGAUGUCGCCCCGGUUCGUUCACUGUAGCCGCCCGUAGCUCCUAACCCUCUUCCAGCACCACCACCACCGUCAUGUUCGCGGUCCGCAUCGUCACCGCGGACUACUACCUGACGAGCCCCCUGCGCGACCUGGACGUCUGUCACUCCGAGUUCCGGGAAAGCGAUGUGAAGAAGGUGCCGGUGAUCCGGAUCUUCGGGGCGACGCCGGCAGGCCAGAAGACCUGUCUGCACCUCCAUGGCAUUUUCCCCUACGUCUACGUCCCCUACGAUGGCUAUGGGCAGCCUCCAGAUCGCUACCUGCGGCAGGUCGCAUUCAGCAUUGACCGGGCACUCAACAUCUCCAUGGGAAACCCUUCAUCCAAUUUGCAGCAUGUCUUCAAGGUCAUCCUGGUGUCAGGAAUGCCUUUCUAUGGAUACCAUGCAAAAGAGAAGCAGUUCAUGAAGAUCUAUCUCUACAAUCCACAAAUGGUGAAAAGGGUCUGCGAGCUGCUGCAAGGGGGUGCAGUCAUGAACAAGAGUUAUCAGCCCCACGAAGCCCAUAUUCCCUACCUGCUGCAGAUGUUCAUCGAUUACAACCUCUACGGCAUGAACUUGGUCAACCUGGGUGCGGUCAAGUUUCGCCGGAGCCGGCAGAAAGAGGAGGCCUCAACCCCCAUCCAGGAGAAGCGGGCACCUAGCAGGAGGUCCAGCGAGACCCACUGGAGGAGCCCCUGCGCUAUAAAGCUUUCUGACUCCAUACUGGGGGGCACCUUUGUUCGCUGGGAGGAGGAUGCCAUUCCCUGUUCAUUGGUCUUGGAGGAGGUGGAGAAGCAGAGCACUUGCGAGCUAGAAGUCGACGCAGUGGCCGCCGACAUCCUCAACCGUCUGGAGAUUGAGAAUCAGAUUGGGAGGAAUCCAGGUCUUCAGGCCAUCUGGGAGGAUGAGAGACAGCGGCGACGGGACAAGAACGAGUCAUCCCAGAUUGAGAGUACAGAAUCCCAAGAUCGGGGCUCCAUCACCUCUGUAGAGAGUGAACGGAUCUUCAUGAAGAGGUUGAAGGACAUUCUGAGGGAACAUGAGUUCUUAAUGUCUCAGUCAGGAUCAGUAGGCAGUGUUGAUGAGUCAGGGCUGUUUCCUGUUGAACUCUCUCUGCAUCCCGACUUUCUGACCCCAGAAGUCUUGCAGUGCACCCCAGCCAACCGGGUGGAGGUCCACAAAGAUGUGCAAUCAGAUUCUAAAAAAACCAGCAGUAAGGAAACAGAAGAGGCCAUUGUGGAUGAAGAGGCUAUCCUGAGUCUCUUAGAGAACAGUCAGACCUUCCUUCCUCUUUCCCAAAGAAUUGUCCAAUCACCCAUUCUCGACAACAGUGAAGCUAUGGUGGACAUGUUGGCGGGCUUGGAGGAUGACGGCUAUCAGGCUGACAUGCCGAGGAAUGCCUCUCAACAGAAUCUGUUAUGGAGCACAAGCUGUCUGUACAACAGCGAUGAGGAGGAAGCGGGACCUGAGCUUGAGAAGCAAGAGACAGAACUAAGUCUGAUAAUGUCACAGAGAUGGGACACCGACCCUGUGGAACACUUGGCAAGAAAGAGGCUUUCAAUGAAGGACUCAAAUGAAAGUUCUAGUGAGGAGCAGCAGGAGUCUUCAGACGAAGACAUGGACUGGAGUGGGAAUAAUUCCCUCUUCGCCAACUUGUCUAUACCACAGCUAGACGGAGCUGCAGAUGAAAAUAGUGAUACGUCACUAAAUGAUAAAGGCUCCAGAACCCAUUCAUCUCUUACAGUCUCUGACAAAAUCCUGAGCAAAAGGAAUCUGUUCCCAACUGAAACAGUUCACCUGGAGCCCCCGUCCUCAGCCAACGUCCUACUGGAGUGCAAACACCCAGAGCAUAGGCAGACCCUUUCGCUAGAUACUGAGGAACCUGCAGAAAAGCACUUUCAUUCGAAAAGCUCCAUUACCCAGGAAAGCAAAUCAGACUCUACUGGGUACAAGAUGAACAAGGAGAGCCCUUACAUACAACCUGUAAAACAUCCUAUCCCUUUCAGUGUUGCAAGCAAGCCUGAAAUCUCACAGAUCAGUGCUGAGAAGAUGGAUGUUCUUCCUUUGUACUCUUAUGAAAAGAACAAGUCAGAUCCAGAUGGCCUGACUUUUGGAAAUGGCAAGAUCACCCAAAGUAGGAGGAAGUAUAGCAGUAUCAAAAAUGUGGAGAAGAAUCAUAUCGCCAUUUUGCAGAACCACAGGAGUUUCUCCUUGUGCUAUUCCCAGCUUAGAAAUUGCCCUGCUAAGACUGAUGCAGAAUUUGCUAUGAAGGAUACCAAAAGUCCACUUCUGCAAGGUAUAAACCCAUGUCAGAACCCUGCAGAUGAGGUAGAUCCCAUUGCCCCCCAGGAGAGUGAGACAGGAAAGAGUAGUGAAGAGGGAGAUAUGGGGGAGCUUAAGAUCAGGUACGAGGACUAUCAGGAGAACAAGACAGAGAGGACAAUAAUAGGUCAACAGGAGGCACAUUACAAGUUUUUCCCUAGUGUAAUCCUUUCCAACUGUCUCAGUCGCCCUGCCAAAAAGGGCUUGAACAAAGGACUGGUUGACACCAGAAAACUCGAGCCAGAGCGCAGAAGAUCCAGGCUGAAACUGGGUAAGAGGAAAGCUGGCACAACAAACCAGAAGUCUAGGAUGAGUACUUUGCAAAGUGCAUUUUCUGAGAGUCAGGAUGGUACAGCCAAACUGUCAGCAACAAAUGCUGCUGAGAAGGGUGAAGUGUCCAACAAGCUUCCAGUAGGACCCUUGGAGCCCCUGGAAGAAAUUCCUGGUGGUCAUGUUGCUGCUUCUGAAGCUUCUGUUGAGGACAGGCUUGCCCCACCAUCUGAUCAACCUGCUAAGGCAUCCCUUAACAAGCCCUUAGGUUCUCAUGGUAGUAAAUACACUUUAAGAGCAAAGCGUAAGAUGAGCUAUGAUAGUGAAGAUGGCGAGCCACCUGGAAGUUCUCACCAGAUAAAAACCAGCCUUGCCCUCCGAGAUUCCCUCAAAGAUAACUAUGUGCUCAGUAGCCAUGAGUACAAAUAUCAAAAACGGAGAAGGAUCUCAAAAAAGGAGCCACCGAUUAUCAUUAAGUACAUUAUUAUUAAUAGAUUCAAAGGUCGGAAAAACAUGUUGGUAAAGAUGUCCAAAGUAAAUCCUGAAGAACAUCGGGUACUGUUGACACCAGACAGGUUAGAGGAAUACAAACGGUUAGCACCACUAAAAGAUUUUUGGCCCAAGGUUCCACAGUCAACUGCAGUCAAAUAUCCAUUGUGUGAGCCAAAGGGAAAGAAACAUCCAAAGCGGAAAACGAAGAUUAGCUCUACACCAAAAAAACCUGUGAGUUACUCUCAAAAAGAAAAAGACAAGGCUUUUAGGGUAAAAAAGACUAAAGGUAGGAAAAAGCUGUUGACUCUUCCUACCCUACCCCCUCCAUCACCAUUUUACAAUGAGUACAUUGAUGAUUGUUUUACUGACUACACUGAUGUGAUGGUGGAAUUAGGUUACUUGUCUGAGAGAGCUUCCAGUCCCACAGAUUCUUCGCCUCCUCGUUGUUGGUCUCCUAGUGAUCCUCAAGCAGACACAGCUCCUGAUACUCAAUUGAUAAACCCAUUAAACGAUCCAUGUCUUACCUCUGCAUGCCAGGAAACCAGUGCAGAAGUUUUUGGUAGACAAUUUCGAAACAGAGGGCGAGGCAGAAAGUUGACUUCCAACAGCCCUAAAAGGAGAAGAGGCAAGGCUGCAAAGAAGAAUGUAGAGCAGCAACCUGCCAAAAAGGAGAAUGUGAGAAGGAAAAGCAGUGCUGGGGCACAGAGGAGAAAAAAGCAAAAACCAGAUGGCACACAAGACAAAAGCCAUAGUGACAAAAUUACAGCUCCCCAAAAAACUAGAAAGCCUCGUAAGAAAAAGCUGGUACAUGGUACAAGUGAUUCACUUCCAAGGGAUCAAUGGGACAGUUCUCAAGUCCUGUUUCCAGAGGAUGACCUACCUCCAACAACAGGGACUGCUGGGGAUCUACCUUCUUUGCAGCAGACAACAUCCAAGAUAGAAAGGGCAGAUGAUCUAUGUCCCCAGGGUGUUUCCAAAAGUCAGUCAUUGACAAAAGACUUGGAGUUAAAAUCAGAGACCUGUGAGACUUCUAUCUCUGACAUAAAGGAAACUGUUUAUUUGCAGCAGGGGGUCAUUCAUGAGGGAGGUAGCGUGGACAGUUCUGACUGCACUCUGGCAUCUACAGUUCCUGAUCCGAGGACAGUAAAGCCUUCCAGAGACGGAAAAUUACAUGAUCACAACUUGUCACCAGCUUUUAAGAGUACUGGCCUCCCAUAUUCAGUCAUCACAUAUAGUAGGUCUAGUUCAGAUGUUCAGACUCAAAGUUUAAACUUGAGUUCACAGCAGGGGUGUAGUCCCAUAAAGAAUUCUGAAAUCAAGACAGAGUUUUCCAAUGUGCUGCCUUUGAGUUUUGAAGAGGGCCAAACAUCCUCACAGGGAAAAGCUUUAGGAAAGAAUAAGCGGCGUCCUUCAAAAAAGAAGGAAAACAUAGAUGCUGCUGCAGCAGCUCUAUCGUUAGUGCCCCCUAAAAUAAAGACCUGCCCCAAGUCUAAAUCAGAGAAUACUGAAGAAACUGCCAAAGACUCCUCACCCCUGCCACCCUCCAGGAAUGGUGAGAGAAUGCUUCUUCCUAAGACACCUUCUGGACUUGCCGUCCUGAAAGAACUUCUACAGAAAAGGCAACAGAAAGUACUUGAGGGAAUACAGUCUGAAGCCCAGCCAGCUACAGCUGAGUUGACUGACAAGGUGCCGAACUCUGUGGAUAAGCCAGCAAAAGCUAAACGAACCCCCUCUUCCACACCCCGAAAGCCUAGAGCGUCUAAGAUGCAAAUUCCAAAGGAAAAGAAACCCAGGUGCAGGAAAGGCAAAAAUACGAUGCAGGAGGAGCCUGUGAAGAUUGAGCCACACCUGUCAGAUGACAGCCCAGCUUUCCUCUCAGACCCUGGUUUUGACAGCUGUUAUUCAUUUGAAGAUAGCUUAUCUCCUGAACUCCCACAUAACUAUAACUUUGACAUCAACACAAUUGGGCAAACUGAAUUUUGUGGUCUUUACAUGGGCAACCAGUUCAUGUUAGCAGAUAAAAACCUGCCUCAAAAGUUCCUUAGUGACGUGACCCAAGAUCCAGUUCCGGCUCUGGGCCUGGACUUUGAGAGCAUGCCUGAGCAAAUAUCGGGUGUUGGGGAGGAGUUCCAACACGGAUCAGAGUGGCACAAAAUGGGGUCGCUCAGUCCUGACCUCUUUGACAAAUCAGUGGAAAACAAAGAGGGAUUCCCAACUCAUUUAUCAGCACCUUUGCUGGAUCCAGAAAGUGGUCAGGAAAUAGUUUCUGCCAGGUUCAUGAGGAGUAGGGAAUGGGGAUCCAAAAUACAUGGCGUAAGUCACUUUCAAGGAUUUCAUUGUGAGAGGAGAGACUUGCUGCUGGCCUUUGACCCCUUCCUGCCACUGUCACUAAAAUCCACAGCUUUUGCAGAUAUUCUUGGAUCUUCUGCUGGGGACCUUAUGGAAGGGAAUGACACAUUAACAACCCCUAGCAGCUCUCCGAGGUCAGUCAGUUCAUUAUCACAUGUGAAACAUACCAGUCAGUGUUUAAGGAGUACUGGUGGAGGUGCCCACAUUCUGAAGCCCCUAAUGUCACCUCCUAGUCGGGAUGAAAUUCUUUCCACUUUGAUAGAUUUGGACCUCUCUGAAGCCACAUACCAGGAGCCCUACUGCAGUGAUCCUUCUGAUGCCCCUAAAAAAGUCAGGGAGAUUGGUGGACGGAAGCUAACAGUUGAAACCAGGCUAACAAGGGAGCUUGCAGAGUUUAAUGGGGAAUUUUCUCAGGAGGGCCUGCAGUUUUGGAAGACUGCUUUUUCUGCCAUGACUUGUCCAGGCUCUCCGUCAACAUAUGGACCUAGAACGUUGGAGUCUACCAAGAUCCAAGCUGAUCCAAGCUCAGAUUCAGUUGGAGAUAAGAAGGUAGUGUUGCUACCCUGCAAGAGUGCACCUAGCCGGAACAAGGUACAGUUGUGGCUUAAGGCCAGGAAGGAGUUUGAGCGCCUUCAGAAAGAGAGGGCUGUCAUUGUUCGAGAGAACAUCCUUACAAAUCAAGAUCAAGAUUGCUGCACAGAUGAGGCUAUAAUUUCAGAACAGAAGUAUGAAGAAUUAUCACCCAUUGUUCAAAAGUCAGAAGACCCUCUUGGGGAAUCAGAGAAAGUCACCAGUUCUCAGCCUUUCAAGAAGAAGAAACUGGAUCUUUGCCUCAAAAUCUCCUCUCUAGAGAGGGCAGAAUCUCAGCACAGUUCCGUUGGUUUCAGGUCAAGCAGAGCUGCAGUGGAGGCAGAUGGUGUAGAGUAUGUGGGCAAAUCAAGUUCUCCAGACUCACCUGUCCUUCCACCCUGGCAACAACCUGCUUUGUCUUCCCCCAAGUCUGAGUGUUUGGAUGAGGAGGAAAGAGGGUUGGUGCCAGAACUGGUGCUGCGCAGGAUUUCUGGCUCCAAUGAUCCACUCUGUGCUUCACCUGAAAUUAGGCAGGACAAGGACUUCCUCUGUCCGUCCCCAUUCUCUCCCACAGUCCAAAGUGGGGACAAAAUCAGCUCCAUCCUGCUCCACAGCACCCCAGUUAGCCGGAGGUGGAGGAGUAAGGGUGACUCAGAGCCAGACUGCAGCACUCCCAUCAUUGAAGAUGUAGAGUCCAGAUCGCAGAGAAUACAGCAGCGCCGAGGAGGUUCUGCUCAUACACUGAGAAGGGUGCUCCUUGCUACCCAGAUGAAGAAUCAGUUUGCAUCUUUGAAUGUUCCAAAGAUAGAAAACUCAGAGAUUGAAGGUCCAUCCAUUAGCAACUCCUAUGGUUUCAAAGUGAGCAUGCAGAAUCUCCAGGACGCAAAAGCACUACAUGAAGUGCAAUACCUGACCGUGAUGAGCAUGGAACUCCACACUCGGACUCGCCGGGACCUGGAGCCUGACCCAGAGUUUGACCCUGUGUGUGCCUUAUUCUACUGCCUCAGUUCUGAUGCGCUUCUGACCGACUCUGAGAAGACACAGCUGAUUGGUGCCAUUGUGGUUGACAAGGACUACCACAGCUCAAGUCAAGGUUCCAGAAGCACUGCACCUCUGCUAGUGAGGUCAGGAAUAUCCGGCCUCCAGGUCACGUACACUGUCAACGAGAAGGAGCUUUUUCAGGAAGUUACUAACAUCAUGAGGAGGUUUGAUCCAGACAUCCUUGUUGGAUAUGAAGUGCAGAUGCGCUCGUGGGGCUACCUCCUGCAACGAGCAUCGGCUUUGGAAGUGGACCUGUGCCAGCAGCUGUCACGAGUGCCAGGUGACUUGAAGGAGAAUCGAUUCUCUGCUGAGCGAGACGAGUACGGCUCUGACACUAUGACAGAGAUCAACAUUGUUGGUCGCAUCACUAUCAACAUGUGGAGAGUGAUGAAGACAGAGGUAACUUUGAAUAAUUACAGCUUUGAAAAUGUGGCUUUCCACGUCCUGCAUCAGAGAUUCCCGCUGUUCAGCCCACGCACACUCUCGGACUGGUUUGACCACAGCACGGACUUGUACAGAUGGAAGGUGGUUGACCACUAUAUUGCUCGGGUUUGUGGAACCAUGCAGAUGCUCCAGCAGCAGGACAUCAUUGGCAGGACCAGCGAGUUGGCUCGCGUCUUUGGGAUCCAGUUCUACCAUGUGUUGACCAGGGGGUCGCAGUAUCGUGUAGAAUCCAUGAUGUUGCGGAUAGCCAAGCCCUUGAACUACAUUGCAGUAACGCCAAGCACACAGCAGCGGGUCCAGCAGAGGGCACCCCAGUGCAUCCCCCUGAUCAUGGAACCUGAGUCACGCUUCUACAGCAACUCAGUGGUGGUGCUGGACUUCCAGUCACUCUACCCCUCCAUUGUCAUCGCCUACAACUACUGCUAUUCCACCUGCCUGGGGCACGUGGAGAGCCUUGGCACGCAUGACGAGUUCAAGUUUGGCUGCACCUCGUUGAGAGUCCCCCCCGAGCUUCUGUACCAGCUGCGUGGCGACGUUACAGUCUCUCCCAACGGCAUUGCCUUUGUCAAGCCAUCUGUCCGAAAGGGUGUGCUUCCCAGCAUGCUGGAAGAGAUCCUGAAGACCCGCAUAAUGGUCAAGCAGUCCAUGAAGCUCUAUAAACACGAUAAGGUCCUCACACGCCUGUUGGAUGCCAGGCAGCUGGGUCUCAAACUCAUUGCCAACGUCAUCUUUGGGUACACGUCCGCCAGCUUCUCUGGCCGCAUGCCCAGUGUGGAGGUUGGUGACAGUAUUGUCCACAAAGCCAGAGAGACCCUAGAAAGGGCCAUCAAGCUGGUCAACGACACCAAGAAGUGGGGAGCCCACGUUGUGUAUGGUGACACGGACAGCAUGUUUGUACUACUCAAAGGAGCCACCAAGGAGCAGGCCUUUAAGAUUGGGAACGAGAUCGCCGAGGCCGUGACCGCCACCAACCCCAAACCUGUCAAGCUCAAGUUUGAGAAGGUCUACCUGCCCUGCAUUCUUCAGACAAAGAAGCGCUAUGUGGGCUACAUGUAUGAGAGCCUGGACCAGAAGGACCCUGUGUUUGACGCUAAAGGGAUUGAGACAGUGCGCAGAGACAACUGCCCCGCUGUUUCCAAGAUCUUGGAGCGUUCCAUCAAGCUGCUAUUUGAUACACGUGACAUAAGCCAGGUGAAGCAGUAUGUUCAGCGACAGUGCAUGAAGAUCCUGGAGGCCAAAGCCAGCAUGCAGGACCUCACCUUUGCUAAGGAGUACCGGGGCAGUGGCUCCUAUCGGCCUGGCGCCUGUGUCCCAGCUCUGGAGAUCACCAGGCGCAUGCUGGCAUAUGACCGGCGCUCAGAGCCCCGGGUUGGUGAGCGGGUGCCCUAUGUGGUCGUGUGUGGCAUGCCAGGUGUGCCGCUCAUCCAGCUGGUGCGACGUCCCCUAGAGGUGCUGCGGGAUCCUAGCAUGCGCCUCAACGCCACCUACUACAUCACCAAGCAGAUCCUGCCCCCUCUCAGCCGCAUCUUUGCUCUCAUUGGAGUGGAUGUAUUCAGCUGGUACCACGAGCUGCCUCGUAUCCAGAAAGCGUGUUCCACAGCAGGUGGCAGUGAAGACGAAUUGGGCCGAAAGGGCACCAUCUCCCAGUACUUCACCACUCUGCACUGCCCCGUGUGUGACGAGCUCACGCAGCUCGGCGUGUGCAGCCGCUGCCGGGCCGAACCACAACGCGUAGCUGUCACGCUGCACCAGGAACUGCGACAAAGAGAGGCUCAGCAGGAACAACUGCUUAAGAUCUGCAGGAACUGCACUAGUGGGUUUGAACGCCAGGUACCCUGUGUGUCUCUGGAUUGCCCGGUCCUGUACAAACUGUCCCGAGUCACACGUCAGCUCUCCAGGAGUCCCUACCUCCGACAGCUCCUCGAACAGUUCUGACCUGAGCCAAACAGACCAUCAUACAUGUAUAGCAACAUUGGUGCUAAAGGCUGUUUCCUUCAGCUUGGACUCCUGUUGGUUUGUUCUGUUUUUUUUUUUUGUUUUUUUUUAACUGGUGCUUUGAUCAAAUCCUGCUGCAUUUCCAUUUUGUCUUGUUGCUAUUUGUUACACAGGUCUGUCUGCUGCAAGCAGAAGUCUUCUAGAGGCUAACUGGGGAAGGGGUUGUGAGGGGUUUCAUUGCUUGCCUUGUCCUCAUUCUCAUCUGCUACAUUAUUAGCUGCUACUGGUGGUGUGUAAUAUGGUGUUUUCAUAUUUCAAAGCUAUCUGUACCCUUCUAUUUGGACGGGACAUUGGAUCAUGGACUUUCAUUUAAUAUGCGCUGUAGCGAUUUUUAAAUGCAAGACUUCGAGGUCUAAAUGUUUUUUAAAGAGCCUUCCCCUGACACCCAAGGUAAAAUAAACACUGUUUAAACCCCAAUUCUUUUUUUACAUAAGAUCUUUUGUAUAUAGAAAUUCUCAGUGUAAAUUCUUCAAUCCAAAUUCUGCGUGCACCUGCAUUAAAAAAAAAGUUGUGGAAAAAAAAUGGAAAAGUAAAACUUUUUAUUACUUUAUUUCAAAGGUGCCAUGUUGUGUCAUUUUCUUCAGCCUUGAAUAAAAGAUGGGUUUUAUUUAUGUACAUUUUUGGCACAGAAUAGUCCUUAAAACUCUGAGCCUUUUAUUGUGGUCUGUUUGCAGGAGAGUGGAAAGUAGAACGUAUAUGUCAGAGUUUUUCUAACUUCUGGGACUGUUGCAAUACUGUAUUUUGAUAAUUUAUGGCAAAAGUAUAUAUUAUUUCUUUGUGCAUAUUUGUUUUGUACACACAUUUCUAAUGCUUUCUCUAUGCUCCAUGUAUGUUCCCUACCCAUGUAAAGACUGAUUCUAUAAUAUCCCAAUCAACUGUACACAAGAUAUGUGUAUUUGUAUAAUUGUAAAAAAAAAAUGAAGGAACUGUGUUUUGUUUUUAAUCGCUUUUUCUGUGGGUGGAGGUUUACAGUUGAUAUAAUAAAAUUAAAUGUAUGAA